GCGCGACACGGCGCGGCGUCCGUUCGAUAUUCAAAAGAACGUUAUGUACGCCGCGCCGCGCCGGUUUCGCUCUCUCGCGAAGGAGGGAGGAUGCGGAGGACGCGGAGGUCGCAUCGUAUCCUCGUGCUCCGCAGUCCGCACGAUCCGCACCACCUCGCCAGCGCAACACGCGCGCGAAACGCGGCGCGAUGGCUGUCAGUCGGCCGCCGUAAGCCGUCGAGUGAGCGUGAGUUCGUGCGGGCUUUGCCUUUGCGCCGUCGACAUUGCAACCAUCGAGAAGCGAUCGAUUCCACGCGCGGAGCUGCGCUCUCUCGCUUCGCGUCUCGCGCCUUUUUCUCGCGUCUCCCCGGGCGGACGAUGUAGAUUUGUAGACGUACGGCGCAAGAGGAGGUGCCGCGCGAAGGUGUCGAUAUUUUCGAUACGAAGUGAGAGCGAGAUUCUGCGUCAGUGACAGGAGCUUGCCGUAGAGGAGCGCGCGCGAGAGACAGGGAGAGAGAGAGAGAGAGAGACAGAAAGGGACCGAUCGAUGUUCACGUGUCAACAACGCAAAGUGAAGUUGCCCGCGAAAGGGUGCGCGAACAACGGCCAUAUUCAAGGCGAGCCCUGUCGCGCCCCGUGCCGUGUCGUCGUCGUCGUCGUCGUCGUCGUCGUCAUCGUCGUCGUCGUCCCCCCGUGCAUCGCCCCUGAUAGACGCAGGCUCGCGAAAACAGCGCUCGCGCGAUCGUCCCGUCCACAGAUCGUCUGGAGGAACGUAGGAAACGUAAAAGAGGACGGAACGACGUGAACGCGUCGAGUGUGACAACGGUCCGUCGUCUCGUCGAGAUGGAGUUCAAGUUCAACGUAAAUAAACUCUUGCCCAGAAAGAUCAACAAGGUCACGCAUAACCUACUGCCGGAAGACUUCAAAGGUGAUCGGCGCGAGCUCAACGAAUGUCAGAGACUAUUGAGUAGAAUACUAGACGAUAUGGGCGAGGCAUCGGCGAGGGCUCAAGGACUCAACAAGCCUAUCACUAGCGCCCUUAAACUUCGAGACACGGACCAUACAAUUUAUUUGCUCGUAGAUAACGAGGCAAACAAAGGUCUCGGUAGUGUGGUGGGAUUACUGAAAACGGGAUCGAAAAAUCUGUUUCUGUUCGACGAAACGGGGGAACAUUAUCAACUUCAGGCAAGAUGCAUCCUGGAUUUCUACGUGCACGAGUCGCGACAACGUAUGGGUCUGGGCAAUAUUCUUUAUCAGCACAUGUUAUCUGAGGAGAACAUUAGGCCAGUGAAAUUGGCGAUCGAUCGACCGUCGGAGAAAUUUUUAGCUUUUCUACGCAAAUACUAUGGACUGUUGAAGAUUAUUCCGCAAAACAAUAAAUUUGUCGUUUUUGAAGGAUUCUUCGAUGACGAGAGUCGAGACGUGAGGAGCAACAGAUACAGCCUACCUCCAAGAAUGAGUUUGGAUGAUGGUGUACCGAGCAAUAACGAUAAUAACGGGAGGAACGGUGCUAGUCUCAACGGGGUACCGUACGUGGCAUCCGUUCCGCGUAGCUCGUUCGGUAGAUAUGCCGCGGCGCGACCGCCCUGCUCCAUGGCAAAUAUAAUCCAUAACACAGCGAUGCUUGGUCAAUCAGCCGAGCAUACCGGCAACGGUAACAGUGUGUCGCCGCCUCCAACGCAAGAGGAAAACAAGAAAUUGGAGCGGCCGCGUUCCCUCAGCCUCUACUCCGAGGAGGAGCAGAAGCAACGUAGCCUCGAGAUGAACACCGUCCCGACGCCCAUCGUACCGGAUAAUCAAACCAAACCCUUCGUCCCUGUCCUGCUAGAUGCCGAGAAAACGGAGAAGAAUGUGAAACCACCGUCGUGCAGCCAGGAAGUGGCUACCGGUACCAAUCAACACGGUCAUUUGGAUCUCAAGUUUUAUCAUUCACCCUUGUGGUGAAACGAUCUGGCUGAUAUGUAGUUAUCUUCCUCCUUGUUUUUUCGAGGAAUUUAAGAUGGAGCGGAUCAAUCUAAGUUAAUGUUAAACUUGAUUUUUCUUCUCUAUCUCUUCUAUAUUACAUAGAUGUAACAAGCUAUUUUACUUUUUAAUAAUAUAACAGAAAUGUUCUCUAAUAUUAAUGUUUUAAGAAAUAACUGUCUCAAAAAAAUUAUGAGUUUAAAUGAUUAAUUAAAAUUAUGUCCAGACAUCAUAAUAAUUCCACGAAUUAAAAUUAUGAAUACAAUAUAAUAGAAAUAUGGAAUUAUUUUUAUGUCGAUAAAUAAUUUUAAUUUAUGGCAUUAUUAUUACGUCGCGACAUAAUUUUAAUUCGUUGAAUUAUUAUUAUGCCUUAACAUAAUUUCAAUUCAUCGAAUUAUUAUUAUGGCGCGACGUAACGAUAAUUCUGAAUUUCUAUUAUGUUUAGACAUAUAUAAUUUUAAUUCAUCGUAUUAUUAUUAUGCCAAGACAUAAUUUUAAUUCAUCGAAUUAUUAUUAUACCGCGCGCGAUGUAAUAAUAAUUCUGAAUUUCUAUUAUAUUUUGGCAUAAUUUUAAUUCACCGAAUUAUUAUUAUGUUUCAACACAAUUUAAAUUCGAUAUGGAGGAAUUUCUCAAUACAGAAUUAAAAUUAUGUCGAAACAUAAUAAAAAUGCAGAAUUAUUACUAUGUCGUGGCAUAAUGAUAAUUCAAUGAAUUAAAAUUAUGUCAACGCAUAAUAAUAAUUCGACGAAUUAUUAUGAUGUCUAAUUUUAAUUAUUGAUUUAAACUCAUAAUUUUAUUGAAACAAUUAUUUCUUAAAACAUUAAUAUUAGAGAACAUUUCUGUUAUGCUAUUAAAAAGUGAAAUGGCUUGUCAUAAUUGAAAAGUAAAAUGGCUAUGUAGAAAAAAUUAAAAAUUUAGAAGGGAAAAGUACAUAAUACACUAACUCACAGUUGAACUCACUGCGAUUCAUUGAUUUUACAACUUUGUUUCUAUUUUUUGAUAUCUGUAAUAUAAGUAGUAGAAGGGUUUUAUCAAUUUUUUUUUAUUACAAGAUUAUAGCGACGCCGACGUAUCGUAAAUUGUGCGAGCGAAAUUUGACACAAUCUGACAAAAGUAAGCGACAUUAUUAUUUAUAUUAAAGAAUCGUGUUAUUUCAUUUCUUAUUUUGUCGUUUUAUUACUUUGAAAAUAGCUCAUCUGUCUUGCAGAAAAAGAAUUUAAAGAAAUUAAAAAUAAAGCUAUUAGAGAAAAAAUCCUACAUUUUAUGAUUUACAUCCAAAAAUUUAAAAAAUUGUGUUUCUUUAAAAUAAAUAAUCCAUAUUUUUCUUUAAUUCAUUUAUAUAGGUAUCAGAAUUUAAUAUAUGUAACGAACGAAUUGUAUACGUAUAUAUUCAUAUCCCCUGUUCAAGAAUUGAAUUAACAGAUAUUGUGCGCACGUAAUAAAAAAUUUACCGAACUGAUUAACUAUAUUUUGUCUCACAAAAAUAAAACGAAAUUUCAAAGAGUUUUAUAAAAUAUAUUCUAUCAUCAAACGAUUUCAAUAUGCAGCUUUUUGAAGUGAAAUAAACAAUAAUAAUCAUGAACUUUUUUAUUGAAUGUAGGAAUUAUACGAAGCUAGGUAAACAAACUACAUAAAUGAACCUGCGCAUUUGCGCAGGAAAAAUCAAGCUGCAUCUAUCUACGUGUAAUCAUUUAUUUAUAUGUAUGUGUUUAUUAACAAAAAGAGUAUGUGUGCAAUAUAUAAAAGAAAAACGCGUCACAACGUAAUAAUUAUAGAUAUGAAAAUAUAAGUAAUACGACAUUAAGAAAUUUUCUAUGGAUCAUUUUGGAUCACAAGUCCUGUUGUAAAACUUGACAACUGCAUUUUCUUAUUGUAUGCGCGUGUUGUGUACGUAUGUGUGUGUUGUGUGUUUGUAUUGUGUUUUCCCGCAAUCUUAAUAUAAUAUAUAAUUUUUCGCAUCCAGUAAUAAUCUUUUAUAAGUUGCGUAUUAAUAUAAUUUAUCUGUAUUUAGUAUAAUGAGAAAAAAAAAACAAAAACGCACAACUUUUCCCAUAGUACUUCGCUUCGAAUUUAAUGACCGAUUGAAAUAAUACAUGCACGUAACGCAUAGAAAUAAAAAAAAAAUCGCUUGUACGUCUAUACGUGAAUUCAUGUAAACACUAGGUCUAUAAACGCAUGACAAUUAGUUUAGGUAUCACAUAUUGGAAAUGUAUAAGUAGACUUGAAAUAGGACUAUAGCGUAUUGGCAAAUAUGUUUGUAUUAUAUUAGUUGAAGACUGUUCAUGUGAAAUCGUAUCAAUAUCAUUAUAGUUUAUCAUGUAGAUUUAUAGACAUCAAGAUACUCAUUAACAUUUCAGGAUGUACAAUUCAAGUAGCGGAACAUUCUACAGAGAUUAUAAGGACUAUAGUUAAAAAGAGGCAGAAAUGGAUCGAUAUUAAUAACCUAUACCAAUAAAUUAUUCGCUCUGGGCUAUCAUUCAGCGCUGAACGUUAUCGGAACUCGCGAGUCGUUACACUGCACGUAAUGCAAUGUAGUCACUGACUAAUAUGUAAAGUGAUGUAGCACGAGCUUGGGAAAAAUUGAAUAUUCACAUCUGCCAUUUCAACUACAAGAAUUUUAUAUAAUUCAUUCACAGAGAAUCAUAUAUGUAAAACGUGCUUGUAAUAAGGUAAAAAAAAAAAGAAACAAAGAUUAGAUACAUGAAAAUUGAGAAUAUGACGAUGUGCUGAGUUUUGUUAAUCAAGAAGAAAAUAAACAAAUAGUUACAAAA